UUGCUUUGAAUAGGUUUCAUUUACUUUAUUUUAUUUGCUUAAAUAUCUGUAUUUUUGGUAGGGUUUUUGGUUCGUAGAAAUGACGGUUUCUUUAACCGUAAAAUCCCACGCGAGACGUUUUCUUCACACUCUCUCUCUGUCGAUUCUUCGUGUCUUGUUGUUCAUUUGUAAUUUUUAAACAGAUAUUUGGUAAUCCUCGGAAAGAAGAUACCUUGUUCUUCUGCUUGUCGUGUCAGUGACAGUUGUAUCUCUCUCUUUAUAUCUCUUUCUCAAUCUCUCUGCUUUACUUUCUUUUGGGUGGGGGUUAAUUUUGAUUCGUGAUUCUAGGGUUCGAAUUCGAUUCAUAAAUGGGUUGAAUUUUUUCUGGGUAAUUUCGAAGAGAAAAGUAGAAGAUAAUUCAAUGGAGCCUCCAAUGGGAAUCUUGUCUUCUCUGUGGCAAUUCAUACUCUUCAUUCCCUAUUUCACUGGAUUACUUCUUCUGGGUGUCAUUAAAGGUAUCGUUUUCUGCCCGCUUAUAUGCCUUAUUGUGGCUGUUGGAAACUCUGCAAUCAUCUUAGGCCUUUUACCGGUACACGGGAUCUGGACACUAUAUUCGAUAUCUAGUGCUAAGCAAUUAGGACCAAUCUUGAAGCUUUUUCUGUGCUUAUGUCUUCCUCUCGGCAUCAUUCUCUGGCUUGUGGUUAGUAUCAUAGGAAGUAUCCUCGGAGGAGCUUUAUAUGGCUUUCUUUCUCCAAUAUUUGCCACAUUCGAUGCUGUUGGUGAAGGGAAAUCUAAUCCGCUUUUCCAUUGCUUUUAUGAUGGAACUUGGAGCACUGUUAAAGGGAGUUUCACUGUUGUCUACGAUUUUAAAGACGUUUGCUUUCACUCCUACUUUUCGUUUAUGGAUGAUCUCAGAACAUCUAGCGCAGAUCGUCAUUACUAUGAAAUAAGGUUACUUCAAAUUCCAGGCGCUGUGAUUGUUGCGGUUCUUGGAGUUCUUGUUGAUUUCCCAGUGAUUUCACUCGUAGCCUUAUGUAAAAGCCCAUACAUGUUGUUUAAAGGCUGGCGCCGUUUGUUUCAUGAUCUUAUUGGACGUGAAGGUCCUUUCUUGGAGACAAUGUGUGUCCCAAUCGCAGGCCUUGUGAUCUUACUCUGGCCUUUAGCUGUUGUGGGAGCGGUUUUAGGAUCUGUGGUCUCUAGUGUCUUCCUUGGUGCUUACUCCGGUGUAGUCUCAUAUCAGGAAUCGUCCUUCUUCUUUGGUCUCUGCUAUGUUGUUGCUUCUGUGUCGAUAUAUGAUGAGUAUAGCAACGAUGUUCUUGACAUGCCUGAAGGUUCUUGCUUUCCCAGGCCAAAGUAUCGACGAAACGAAGAGGAAGCAUUUUCUGGUGGUCUUUCAAGACCGAACUCUUUCAAGACAACACCAUCAAGAGGAGGAUCAAACAAAGGCCCAAUGAUUGACCUGAAGCCACUUGAUCUUCUGGAGGCUCUUUUUGUGGAAUGUAGGCGGUACGGAGAGAUUAUGGUAACGAAAGGGCUUAUAAAUUCAAAGGACAUCGAAGAUGCUAAGUCUAGCAAAGGCAGUCAAGUGAUCAGCAUUGGCUUGCCUGCUUAUUCUCUUCUUCACGAGCUUUUACGCUCUAUCAAAUCCAAUUCCACCGGUUUGUUACUCGGUGAUGGUGUGACGGAGAUAACUUCAAGAAACCGCCCAAAAGAUACGUUUUUUGAUUGGUUUCUGAACCCGUUUCUGAUCCUUAAAGACCAGAUCGAAGCAGCGAACCUAUCUGAAGAAGAAGAAGAGUAUCUUGGAAAAUUGGUAUUGCUGUUUGGAGAUUCAGAGAGACUGAAAAGCUCCAUUGGCGACUCUGAAUCUCCUCCUUUAACUGAACUCAAAAGAGCCGAACUUGACGCCUUUGCUCGCAGGCUUCAAGGACUGACCAAAUCAGUAUCAAGAUAUCCAACAUUCAGAAGACACUUUGUGGAACUAGUCAAGAAACUAUCAAAUGAUCUAGACAAGAAACAUAACCGCUUUGAGAGAUCAGUACCUCGUCCAGGUAAAACAGUUUCUAGGAUUUUCAGCCAGAAAUCGUUCAAGAAAAAGACGAGUAGCAAUGGGUCAGAUCAAGAUUCACCAAACAGUGGCUUAAGAGACGUUGAUAUUGUGUAAGUACUAGAUAGUGUUUGUGUGAACAUAAUUAGAUCGAAAUGCCUGUCGUUCUUCUUAGCUCUGUAAUGUUAAUUUUUUAUUCAGAUGCAGUGAAUAUAUGAAGCUGUUUUUCGAUGAUCUAA